UAGCUCCUUCAAAUCGAAUUUUCAUCCCCCACCUUUACUUUAUAGCCAGUCCCUUCUUUCUCCUGAUGCGGGAUUCCUGUGUAUGUUCCAUCACGCAUGUCUCUUAGCGCAAUAUUCGAAACCAAACAAACUAUCAAUGUAAUGUACACAGUGUUCAUGGAACAGACGUGAGUGGGUUUGAUAUGAAAAAAAUCCUUGAUUAGCGAUGUUUGAGAAGAAGGAGCUUGUGUGCUCUUUAUGCUAUUCUAAAUAUGGAACCGGUUUUCCACAAAGAAUCCCUCGUAAUCUUCACUGCAAGCACACAUUUUGCACUGAAUGUGUUACAAAARUAAGAGAUUUGCAAGGCGAUGUAAUAGAAUGUCCAACGUGCAAGUUACGAACUCUACUGACAAAUGAAGGCAUCGAAGGUCUUACUAAAAACCUCGACAUUCUCUCGGCUGUCUUCGAAGAUGAAAAAGAACAAGAACAAACGUGUAAUUUUUGUGCUACCAAGGUCUACCCACCAAAGUCAGCCAGAUUCUUUUGUACUGAAUGCUCUGUUUAUUCCUGUGGUAGCUGUUCUGACGAGAUACAUUCUCAGAUGGACUUCAGAUCRCACAGCAUCUGUCUCGCCAGCGCACAGGAUCGCAAUACACAAGAGAGCCCUUCAAAAGAUAAGAGACCAUCUUCUUCAAGUCUGAGUGAGGGGCGAACAUCCAACCAGCAGAUUCAAAAGCGGCCGUCAAGCUCUCUAUUGGACUACGGGCUUCUUCCAGAUUGUUUAAAACCUAGUCUUGUCCCAGAAUGCCCUGAGCACAAGGAAAAACUGAAGUUCUACUGCCGUAGCUGUAAUGCAUUGUGCUGUGGAUUCUGUCAGAUGUACGGUUCGCACGUGGGGCACAGUUGCUUUGAAGUACACGAAGCAGAAGAACGUGAAAGAAGGAUAUUAGAACAACUUCAAGCAGCUGUAGACGAGCAUGGAGACAAAUACAUCAAAGCUCGYGGUGAAGUUCAAAGAACGAUUGAAGAUGUGAAGCAGGGAACUAUCGUKGCUAAGGAUGUUGCUAGGCGGUACUAUAGAGAACUCAGAGCUGCAAUUGACCAAGGAGAGAAAUUGCUGAUGCAGGAAAUAUCCAAGAGAAGUGAAACAAAGCUGAUGGCUUUGAAUGAACAAGUCAGGCAGUCGGAGUCUCCAUGUCCACCAGAAAAGCUUUCCUGUUCCAUUACCGAAGACAAGAAUGUCCGUGUUGUGUGGAACCCACCGGAUUCGAAUUUCUUUUUGUAUCCCGUGGUGGGAUAUCUACUUCAGUGCAGUACAGGACCCAACAAUUCGUUCGUAGAAAUCUACAAAGGCUUUGAUCACAAUGUAAUAGUCGACAGACUAAAGCUGCUUCCUCCUGGAGAACAUGUCCAGUUUCGCUCAUGCGCAAUCAAUACUGUGGGGCAAGGACCUUGGAGCUUCGCUUAUGGAAUAAAGAUACCAGUCUAGCACACAUACAUAUCGYCAGAACGUUCUUGAAGAAUACAGUAUUUAUACAAUAUGAGAAGUAUUUAUGCUCUAUGCAAGAAAGAAUACAUCGGUCCAUUUUGUUUGUGAAUUCAUCACGAAGUCAUAGUUAAGUAAUUAAGCAAGAUUAGCACAAACCUGCGCUCUACACUAACGUUUUUCAGAUAAUUCUUCACGUGCAAUGGGCUAAAAAGUCGACAAAUGAAAACCUGAAAAACUUUCAAAAAGUAGAAGAAUUUGUACGAGAAAAUACCCAGGGACUGCAUGUUUUGGUCAAUUUUUAAAUGCUUCUUAUUAACCCCUAAUCGUUUUAAAAUAAGUUUUCUUCAUCAUUGUGAUAAUUUAAACAUGCUUUUUCCGGCUAGAGCAAUUAGCUUUCUGUUUUACUAAAUUUAAAAAUACCUGUUAGAAGCUAAAACAAAAAUAGGGGUUGAUCAGAUCAAAUUGUUAUAUUACAUCAUUGUGACGAUUGAGAUACAUCACGACCUGUUUAUCAAUGUGAAAGCUCCACUACAACAACCAAGGCCUCCCAGACAAAUUUUCAAACAAAUUAGGCAAUUAUGCGCGAUUGAGUUUUUAAACAAAGGAAUCUGUGCACGUUUUCAUAUUUUUCCUUUAAAGUAUGCGCCUAAUUCAAAAAACUUUGUCAUCGCCAAAGGCGAUAGGCAAUAGGCGAAAAGAUAUAGGAUAUAUGUCAUUCCA